CGUCAAGGGGCUUCACAGUUCAGAUACACUCCGCCAACUUGUCUCUAUCACUCUUACAAAUCCGAUCCAUUCACCUCAAUUUCCUAUUGCAACCAAAUAUAUUUCACCAUCAAGGGUGUGGUGCGGCCUGCUACGGUCCUCGAACGUACUUUCUCGGCCCACCAUGGCGUCCUGGAUGAACAACCUCCGCAACUUGGGCCGUCAAGCACCGGCCCGACCAGGUCAACCAUUACCUCCAAAUCGCGCCAAUUCUGGCUCCCCAGCACCGUAUAGUCCCUCAUCACUGGCUCCGCCAAACAUCGGACUUGCGCCCGCAUCGCCCUCCCUAACUGCGGCAACCACCGUCGGUGAUCCAAACCUACAAAACCCACCACCCAACAAAGUACCGCUCUUCUUUCGAGAUGAAUACGCCACAUUCAUGGUCAGGGGCAAUUUCAUGACAUUGGCUGCCAAACCUAUCCUCGUCGAGGAGGGCGAAUGGCUUGCACAUCAACUUGUGGAGCAAGAGCGACUCUUGAGUGCGAUGCUCGCCGUUGUACAAGAGAGUGACCGUAAUACGGGUCGAGGCAUUUGCAAUGAACACAGCUGCCCUACCAUGUCAGCUGGCCCAUUGGCAACCUAUCAAUGGAUGGACACUCAGCGCAACCCGAUUCAUCUACCAGCCGCACAAUACAUAAAACACAUUCAAACGUGGGUUAAAGGCAAGAUCACGGAUGAGAGUCUCUUUCCUACGGCAAACUUCAACUCCGCACCACCAUUGCCCGUUCCCCAAAAUAUCGCCAACGACAACAACUGGUGGCUUGGCAAAACAUCUGGAUUUCCACAACGCUUCGAAAACGAGAUCAAAAAUAUGUACAAGCAGAUGUUCCGAUGCUACGCGCAUCUCUAUUGGUCGCACUGGCUCAAUUUCUGGGAGAUGGACGCAACUCGGAACCUGAACACGUGCUUCAUUCAUUUCGUCAACGUGGGACGGAGUUAUGGUUUACUAUCGGACAGGGACACAGAGCCGAUGCAACCGCUCAUCGAUUUGUGGGUUGCUCGUGGCGACAUCCCGCAGCUUUCUGAAAGCGUGCCUGUUGCAGAGACUACAGCGGCUACAGCAAGCGCCACACCGGCCACCGCGACCACUGCAGCUCCAGCCUCGCGUCCUGCACCAACAACAGCUGCUGCACCAGCGGCUGCUUGAGCGUGCGACUAUCAGAUGCAAGCAUCGCAUGAGAGCUGCGUGAAUGACGAUUUCCGAACCGAUGAUGUGUUUUUCUUGGCGUAUAUGGAUCGCAUUGCGCGUAUGUCACUAGCAUUUGGAAGCUGUGGUCAGCAGGAGAUUGGGUUGGGCGGGAGUUUCGUGCGAGAUGCCUUGCGGUGGAUCGCGAUUUUGUAUGAGACCAUGAGCAGUCGAGCAAAGCCACGGACAAAUCAUUAAAUUGCCCUUGAUGACUUUUGAAGAUAUCUCUGAACAAAUGCAAAUAUUGAUCAUGACAGCUGCUAGAUGACAAAUCAUUUAUUUCCUGUCAAUCAUUAUGUUGCGGCAAAUACAGCAGCAAUC